CACACACUCUCACACACACACACUCACUCUCUCCCUCCAGCCGUUCGUCUCCGGCUGCAGGACGCCAUCGCUGUGAGGAGCCGCCGCCUCAACCAGUCACGCCACCAUGAGGUCUAUGGGAGGCCCUUCCUCAGAGGAAGCUCCGCCCCCGUUCUUCUCCAUCACCAGCCGGCGAGUCCAGGACGAGUUCCUGAAAGAGCGCCAGAGGAGGCUGGAGUCCCAGAGCGACGCCUCCUCCCCGCUAAGCUCCUCCCCUUCCUCCUCCUGCUCCCCCCUCCCCUCCCCCUCCCCGCAGGCUCCGCCCCCUGCCUCCCCCUACUCCCCCCCCAGGCAGCCUGACUCCUCCCCAGGUCUGUCCCUGUCCAGUCCAGAGCUGCUGUCAGAGCUGACCAGGAGAGACAUGUCCUCUGAGACGCGUCCAGAAGCGCAGCGGACUGACCACCGUCUUCUCAGGACGAGGACGACAGGUCUCUGGCUCCUCCCCCUAGGCUGAGCCAGCCAAUAGGAGAGCUGCUGCUCCUCUCUCUACCUCCACAUCACAAUUUGAGCCAGAAAACUGAACCACUGAGUCCAUGGAGCGUCACACACAGAAGCCCCGCCCCAUUGUGACCACGCCCGGUUCAAGAGAUAAAGAUCAUAAAGUUUAAUUUUGUUAUGAAAUAUAUCUAAAGUAAAGAAUACAGUAAAGUUCAGUGGAUGCUGCUCCAUCAGAACCGGGUCAUGUGACUGCUGUCAUGUUUCUACCAACCCAGAACCAAGAUGGUGGUUCAGCAGAACCUCAGGUCCGGUUCAGAACCCAACAGAACCAAACUGUUCAGUUAUGCUUUUAUUAAUUCAGUCUGUUAUUCAUUCAUUAAUAAAUAGUUCAGCCAAUGAAUUAAUGAGCUGAUAAAUGAAACAAUAAGAAAGGAAAUAAUCACAAAAAGGGCAUAAAGGUAUUUUUUAAGGUUGUUCUCAGAUGUUAGAAUUUAUCUUUGCGAGGUCAUUGUGGUUCAUUUUCACUCUUUUCUAAAGAGAUUUAUAAUAUUUGGAGAAAAAAUAAACAUGCUGAACACUUCAAAUGAUAAAAAGACUUCUAACAAUGUAUGAGUUUUUGUGGAAAUUUGUUUAAUUGUGCAAUAAAUAUGUAAA